AGCAGAGCGAAAUAUCGCCUACAUAUAGAUGAGGAAGCAUCACAGAAGAAAAUUCGUUCUGUCUGUGUGUUUGCCAUCGGCCAUCAUUUUGUGGUGAAGCCGAAAGCGUCGAACGUAAUUUGUUCUGAGUGAUCUAUUGUUGUGAAUAUCUAUUGGUUUACCGGUUUGCAUCGUAUCGGCUACACGCAGGGUUCUUUCUAGAUAUAUUCUAGAGGUUCUAGCACAAACCAACAAAAAAAAUGGAUGAAGAAAUCAAUUUGAGCCUUGAUGAGAUAAUCCGGAAGCGGAAACUGGUUAGCCGGCAGGAGCGUUCUAGCGACGGUCCUGUCCAGCGUGGCACAAACGUCAAUGCUGCGCGCGGUUUCCGUGGCGAGAAUGGAGCGAAUCGGCGCACCCCGAAACCAUUCGUCGAUGCACGGAUGAAAAUAAUUAAAAACAAGCGUGCGAAAAUGCGUGACGCUCGUGACCAGCUGAUGGAGCUGAAUCGCACCCGGGACGCACGUUUCCGUCUGCAUAACCGUACCCGUCAGGCGGAUAGUUCGCAGCGUGUACUGUCCGCCACAUCAACCAACGGUCGGCACGGCGGCGAUAUCGAACAUCUGAAGUUGAAACUGUCGAACCGGCGCUACUCCAAAUCGGAAUACGUUCCGCAAAUGUCGAGCGGACAGGCAGCAUUACCGAUACCCCAUUACCGUCCCACCCCUGCAAUCUCGUUCCGGAACGAUCCGAAUGAGAAAAAUCCAUUUGAACGUAUGGAUUUACAGCGGCUUACGGUGAGCCAACCGUUGGGUACGCUGGCAAACGCUACACGCACACUGCACAACGAUGCAUUUACGUUGCCGAGCACGAUGCCACCAUUGCCACAUUUCCGUACGGUUCGCGCGACAAACGCGGUUAUGAACCUGAACAACAGUUCACCAUUGAUGAGCUAUACGGCAUCCUCGAUCGGCACGAAUUCGGACCCAUUCGAUCAGUAUGAGGUGAAUCGCCGGCCGAAUAUGAAUGUACCGCCGCCACCACUACCUCCGACCAGACCGUUGCGUAGCAUCCUGCGCACAAGGCCUACGACGCCACCGCCACCAGUCAUUUCGAACGCACCGGGAGUGCCACUGAAUCUAUCGCCCAGCAUGCGUGCCCGCCUAGAGCGUGCUCCGAACCCGAACAAAUCCAUGGGAAUAUUUGCGCACGGUGAGCCAGCUGUUAAUAACUAUCGGAGCCGUUCGCCUAGCCCACCAAGGGCAUCCAUCGUUGGGUAUCGUAUUGUUGUAAGCAAUCUUCAUCCCAGCGUUACACAGAUCGAUAUAAAGGAAUUAUUCGAAGACAUUGGCGAUCUGCUCGAAUCGCGGCUAGUGCGCCCGGGUGUUGCAGAGGUAAUUUAUCGCAAUCUUAAAGAUGCCGUAAAGGCGGUCGAUGCUUACCACAACCGCCAGCUCGACGGGCAGCCGAUGAACUGUUUGCUGGUAAAUCCACGCGCAAGCUACAAAUUAACUUCUACCAAUUUAAAAUAUGGCCGGUAAACUUAACAAAGUCAUUAAGAAAUUAUUUGCCGGUUUGCGUACGUUAUUUUAGUAAGGAAGAUGCUGUAAGGUUACGGUAAGAGGGUAAGCGAGAUAAAGAAUAAUU